GCGCUAUCGUCUCGGUCAUCUACGGCCCUGCGAUUGGAUUGGCAUUCCAGCCUGGCAGCCUGCUUGCCGUGCCCAUGGGACUGCCACGUGCCAAACACGCACCCAGUCCAAGUCCGUCACAUCGUCAGUAGUAGCUACAGCCUACGGAGUACCGGUUUCCCAGUCCUGCCAGCCCUGCCUGCCUCCAAUUUCCCACAUCGCUAUCCAAAUCUGGUACCCUAUCCCUUACAUCCCUCACAUCCCUCACAUCCCUUUCCCCUCCGCCAGGCCAAUGCCUGCACCGGCCAUGAGGACGGAUUUAACAAUGAAGUCGAAACAACGCGCCAGUGAGGCAGUGAGGCAACCCGAGUUGUUUCGACCCGCCGAGGUACGCGGACUGUCUUUCCUCCCCCAACAUGAAACGAGACACCGUCCAUCUCGGGCCAAUUUGGUCCAUUCCAGGCUCACCAGCCCGUCCGCAUGAGGACUCAGGAUGCGGCACAGCCUUGUCGUCAUGCUUCCAAUUCGUUCCAUACUGUGUACUAGCCUCGUCCGCACAUCGGUACUCCGAACAAUACAAGCUGCCAAGUACCUACCAGCCCGGCCCGUCUUUCUGUCUAUGGUCCCCUUUCCGCAUUCGGCGGUGGGGCCCGAGGACAGAGAGUUGGACCCUGAAUUUGGGGGCCCAUCAUUUUACGGUGCCAUCUCCAUCUUCUCGGCCGACGCGCUGCCCUGGCCCUGCACAGCCGCGGGAUUGGAUCAGUCAUCAACCAGAUACCAAAUCAAUGCAAACCACAUCUAAUCAAAUCAGCAUGUGCAAGAUCCAGACGGCCAGACAGCCAGAUCCGGUCGCAGGCCUUGCACUGACAGGCCCCCUGCGUCGAUCCAGAUCGUGCAGCCGUGAAACCAGGGCCGGGCAAUCCUGCUGUCGAACAUGCGAACCUUCCUUUCGAAGCUUUCGAGACGUGUUACGAUUGGCAUUCGGUGGGGAGGGGCAGCAAGCAGGUUGGCAGGCAAGGCGAAAGAGAGUUCAAUGAGACGCGCAUCAUCGUCCAAUACCUCGCGCCGUGCCUGAUCAACACCCUCCUGGAACGUUGGGUUGGAAAUAACCUCCACUGCCGGCGAACCUUGUCUGCCGCCGCCGUGAUCUUUGCGUGUUGCAUAUACUGUGCUGUACCGGCGUGUCGCAGCCAUCGAGCCGUGCUGUCCAGUCGAAUUCGACGCUGCGGGCUCAGGGCUCGUCAUGGCCGGGAAAGGGUCCAAGGAAACGCACGACUGUACCGGGUACAGUGCCAGGAGUGCAUGUUGUAGCAGGGGUCCUGCCGCCCGGUGCGGACGCGGAGGCGGAGACAGUGGGAGAGACACAACAAGAAAAUAGACGGCCGAUCGCCGUGUGGGUCCCCUUGUUCCCUCCCCCCCCCCUUUUCACCGCCCAACCGCCACAGAGAGGGCAGAGCGGCCACCAGCACCGACUAUCCAUUCCUAUCGGAGCAGAGGCCCAGCGGCUGCCGACGCCGCCAUCACACAUCACAAUCUUUUUGGGGCCGUUGGCCGUUUCAUCAACACGCCGUGGACCGGGUCGACGCCUCUCUUUUCGCGGGGUCGGACAGCAACAUCACAUCAUCAUCGUCAUCGUCAUCGCCAACGGCGCAACGUCAGCCCAACGAGCCGGCAAGGCUGCAGGGUUGGCAGCGAAUUUCGACAAUCUCUCUGUCGCAACCCACCGCCCGAUAGGGUUUUGCGGAGAAAAAUAGGGCGCCCUGCAACAGCAGUCCCUCCUCCUGGCCUCAUUUCGUUUCCAAUCCACCGCCGCCGCCCCCCCCCCCGGCAAUACCGCCUGUACGGCCUGUACAAGUCACUCGUUCGAGCUCUGGUGGUUUUGGCCACGACAUUUCCGCAUUACGAACACGAUCUGCUAUACAGGCCUGCCGCGAUCCGUGCUUGUACCUCGUACCCCAGGCAGGCAGCCCCUCCCUUCCCACGAUCCACGGGGUACCCGUCACCAUGGUACUCUUCCGUCUCCACGUCUGGGGGCCAGCCUUCGGGCUCGCCAGCAUCGAUGCCGAGUGUCUCGCCACAAUCACCUACCUCGCCAGCGCCCUGCAGGGCCACCAGUGGGAGAUUGUCGCGACUAGCCCCUCAGGGGUCCCAACCCACUCCCUCCCGGCCCUCCACGAGCCCGGCCCCGGCGUCUGGACCCCGGGCUUCACCGCCAUCACCGCCCGGCUCCGGGCCCUCCGCCCAGACGGCGACUGGGACCUCGACAGGGCGCUGGGCCCGGCCCAGCGCGCCGACGCCGCCGCCUACGCCAGCUUCCUGCGGUCCGCCGCCGCGCCCCUCGUCGCCCUCUCGCUGUACGUCUCCUCCGCCAACUGGGCCGGCACCACCCGCCCCGCCUACGGCACGGGGAUCCUGCCCUUCCCCCUGACCUGGUCCGAGCCGCUGGCCGUCCGGGCGCGCAUGUGCGAGCUGGCCGACCACCUGGGCCUGUCGGACCUCAACGUCGACGACGACGGCACCCAGGCCCAGCGGCAGCAGCAGCCGUCGUCCGCCGCCACGGGCGAGGCAACGGAUGGCUUCCUCAAGGUCCCGGAGCGCCUGCGGCCCCUCCGCCGCGGCGUCAAGGCCGCCCUGUCGCCGGAGCAGACGGCCCUCUUCCGGCUCGAGGCCGCGGCCAACGGCUGCCUCGCCGUGCUGUCGGACCUCAAGACCGCCGCGGAGCUGGACGGCGCCGGCGACCGCUCCUUCUUCUUCUCCUCCUCCUCCUCCCCCUCUCCGUCCCCGGCCCCCGCAACAACCUCCCUCGACUGCCUCGCCUUCGGCUACCUGGCCCUCAUGCUCGCGCCCGACGUCCCGCGCCCCUGGCUCAGGGACCUGGUCCGCCGGCGCCACGAGGCCCUCGCCGCCUUCGUGGACGCCACGCGCGAGGCCGUCUUCGGCGGGGACCCCUUCGAGGCGCCCCGCUGCUUCUCCGGGGGGGACGGCGCCUCCUCCUCCGCCCUGCCGUGGGCGGACCCCUCGUCGCCUGGCGGUGCGCACGACCGGCAGCCGUGGGCGCUGACGCGCUUCGUCAGGGGCGUCGUCGCGUCCUCUGUGCCGCGGGCCUGGACGAUCCGCGAUGCCGAUGCUGCUGGUGCCUCGUCCAAGUCUUCGUCAUCAGCAUCGUCCGCCCUGGCCGCCCUGGGAAGCGGCGCCGCCGUGGUUGGGAUCCUGGGCAGCGCGCUGCUGUACCGGCACAUGCCGCCCCUCGGGGCCGCGGUGUAUCGGUGGGAGAUGCCGAGGCGGCAGCUGUUUGGGGCAGCUGGGGCGCUGUUUGGGAUAUGAGUGGGUGAGGGUGAGGAUGGAACGGACCUUGGUUGUGUGCACAAGUAAAAUAGGGAACGGAGUUGACGGGGGAAAAAGUAGAACGUAUCAUGUGGUCGUUGAGCGGCGGGAUAGAUGAGGUCUCCAGGAUCGGCAGGCAGACAGGCGCAGCAGGUAGAUGUUCGACGUUAAGGUGCAGCAGAAUGUACCGAGGCAUUGAUACCCAACUCCAAGAGCACGUAACAGCCGCAUCGUGGAAUGUGAAUACUUCCAGCAUUUCUGUCUUUUGGGAAAUGUACAAUUCAAUUGUGAUUGUUUAACAAAACUCCGCCUGUCAUGCAUGUAGGAGAUUAUGGAUGUCCAAGACAUCAUUAUCGACGCAGACAAAUCCUCCCACUUUGCCUAGACGCAAUCGGCAUCACCAUCAUGCCCUAGAUGGCCCAUCUGCUCCCCUCCAACCCCGUGAUCGUGAUGUCCGAGCCGACGCCCGACGCGGAGCUCAGGCCAUCGUCAGCUUCGGAAUCCUCGCCAUCUUCCUCCCCGUCCGCAUCCGAAUCCGCAUCGGCGCUGGUGUAAUCCUCAUCGCUGUCACUAUCACUAAUGCUGGGCCGAUCCUUGAACAACCACGCGAAACCCUUCUAGGGUAUACAAAAGUCGAUCCACGUCCCCAUGUAGUCCAGUCGGUGCGGCCCGCUCUCCUCGCGGUGCCAGAUGUCCUUGAACUCGGCCAGGUCCAGCCGGCCCCAGCCGCCACGCGCCUUGGCCUCCUUCUCGGCCGCGUCGUGCUUGCGCCACUCCUGCAGCGCCGCCUCGGGCGGCCGGGUCAGCGGCUUGGAUGGCUUCCUGCCGGCGCUGCCGUUGACGAUCCUCAGCUUGCCUGGGCGCCGGCUCCUGAGAGCUGGCUUGGGGUGGUGGGCUGAGGUCGUUGCUGCGGCAGCGGGUGGGACGUCUGCGUCGCUGUUGGGUCGGAAUUGAGGCAUGGUUGGGUCGCGGUAGGAAGCGUCGCUCGGAACAGUCUCUUGUUCAUCGGCCAUCGAUGACUCCUCAGUGAAAUCUUCUUCCUCGGAGGUUGUUUCCUCCUCGUUCUGUUCGGUCUUGGAAGCCAGGGCCUCGUCAAUGGUGUAUCCUGAGGUGGCGAGCAGCUCGUCCAGGUUUCUAUCUUGGAUCGGCUUCUUCUCGUCGACUUCGAUGAGGAUGGCUUUCCCAUUGCCGUUUGCAUUCUCCCUGUUCUCCUCACUUCCAUUGCGGUUCUCGUCCUGAUGCUGCUCCGAGUCCUUGCUCCUGUCCUGUUCGAGGGAGUCGAGCAAAUCGCGAUAGGCCUCUCGGUAUUCCUUCGUCUCCGCGGCUUUGACGGCGAGGUCUUCCUUUUCCUUGAACAAAACAUCCAAAAGUUCGUUGAAAGCUUGCUGCGUAACGACGUAAAGGAUCUCCUUGCCCAUGUCUCUCUCAGCAUCAGGUAUUUCCAUGCCGCCCCAUCGCUCAGGAACGCUCCUAGAGGAUGUCGAUGGGUUGGAUCUGAUUUCGUAGUCGUCCGUGUCUUCGGCAAAGCGAACCUUGGAUGAUGACCGUGACCGAGCAGACAGCGGGGGCUGUCCAUCCUUUGAGCUCCCGGCUACCUCGGUUCCGUUCAUGUCCGCGAGGACAUCGUCCUCUGCAUUCCAGCCCUCGGGCGGAGUGGUUCCCUCCUCUUCAGUCAGGUAGAAAUUGCGUUUCUUCCACCGGUCAAACAGCUUUUUCCUCACUGUUGCCCUGAGUUUCCGGUCCAUCGUCCUCUUCUUAUGAGCCUCCAAACGGAGAUGCGAUGCACGUAGCUGGCUAUCAGUGGGUGGCCGGUUGGUCCACCGCUCGCUGCUCACAUCUCUGACCACUUGCGGGGCGGAGGAGCUACCGCGAGAGGCGUCCGUGAAAGAUGGAAAGUAGUCAGCGGGGCGGUUGACAUCUUCAACUGCAGACUCCUCCUCCUCCUCCUCUGCUGAUGUCUCUUCCUCACUAGCCACGUUUUCCUCGUCGGCUUCUUCGCCUUCCCGCUCGUAUCGGUCGACCGGGGCCAGUUCGCUUGGCUGUAUGUUUCGCGGUUCGCCUUGCAAGAGAGACACGAGCUCUUCGACUUGGGUUGGAGGGUUCAGCAAUGCCUCGUGGUAGAUGCGCGAUACGUCUUCAUCACCAGUCGGCGAGGUAACGUGUUCAGAAGUGGCGGUGAAGUAUCUGCGGCCAUAUGCGCCAUCGCUCGGGCCAGCGUGGUUGAAAAGACUUGAUAGAAUCUCGCCGCGAUCGCCAACGUCUGGCCGUGUCUCAUUCACCACGCCGUUCAUGUCGUCGCUGACCCAGACGUCUCCAUUGCCGUGGAAAAUCUUGCCCUCCAUGGGUCGGCCAUGAUCAGCUUCGGGAACCCGACCCUCGCGGCCAAAGUGGCUGCUCAGUGGCUGCCUGCCAGUCACCAGCUGCUGGGUCUCGGUGUUGUUCAUAACCUGCUGGUCCAGGCCUUCCAGGACGUCGCCGUGCAUGUGCUUGUAGAGGACGUAAUAGGUUCUGAAUAUGCGCAAGCAAUCUCUUCGAGAUAUGUAUCCGUCUCCAUCGAUGUCGUAGCCUUUGAAGAUGCGCUCGAGUCUCUGCUUGCCCUUUUUGUAGGACAAGCCCAUCAGGAACUCAGGGAAGCUGAUGAGAUCAUCGCCGUUGGUGUCAUAGAAGGCAAACAUGCGGUCGUGGAUGAGAUUCGGGGCAGUUCGUCGAUUUCCGCUGGAUGGUACGAGAUAUCUCUCAAAGGUCUUCCUGUCAGCUGCUAGGAACAGCUCAUCCGGGUCGUCCCUCCAUUCAGUGUUUGCAAUGAAUGUCCACUGCUCCCACAAUGCCUCCAGCUCUGGACGCUCGAAGCCCGUCUCCUUUGCCAGUUGCCUGAUCAGAGCACCGGGUAGGUUCCUCAAAGCAGUGUCGGGGUCGCCGGGGUACCAGACAGGUUGCAUAGACUUGGGACCGAAAGGCGGGGCCGGGACUUUAACUUUGUAGAAGACGUGCGUCUUGUUGUGCAGGCCCUGUGACUCGCAUGUCUCGCAGAGGUCGAAGUCGGAGCAGUUCGCACACCGGUAGCGGAUCCCGCGGAUGGGCAGGAGACCGCACGCGUUGCACAUACAGCCGCGGUGGACAUAAGCGUUGCGCCUAGCGUUAUCCUCGGAGACCCUAAAGAGGAGGCCGACAAUGUUAUGCCCUGCCCUUGGCGGUGGGAUGUUCCAUGCAUCGUCAUGGGCCCAGUCAUCCUCCAUUGUACGUUCCUCGCCAGCGACGGUGUCGGCUUCGCCUGCAACGCCGCCGGCGGUUGCUGGUGGGCGAGAAUCAGUGUUCUCGGCAUUUUCAUCUUGAUGUGUAUCGUGGUCGGGGGAUUCUGAGUCGUCGGCGGUGGGGGCUGCGCCAGUGUGGUCGGCGAGUUGCCUACCAAAAUGAUGGUUGAGGAUUGGCUCGAUGUGUUCCCUCUGGUCGGAGCCGAGCUGGUGUUCGACGUCUUCCAAAGCGGCCUGGAUUUGCCGUCUUGUGCUGCGCUCAGUCCUCCGAACAGCGUUGCUCCUGCGCAGGCCACUGUCGAAGCCAGAGGCGGAGGUCGAGGUGGAGGAUGAGGUCGCAGGCUGCAGGCGGAACUGUUGCCAGAACUGCCAGGCAAUGAAGACACCAGUCACUCCAGCAAGGACCUGUAUUACAACCCUUGGUCGCGUCAAAGUCGCGGCGGAAGAGCUUGACACAUCCAUGGCGGCUGGCCGGCGAGCAUGUUGGUGGAGGUGGCCAACGAGAUGGACGGCGGGAAAUCUGGACCGUCGUAUGGAUGUCUGGUGCCGUCAGCUCGAUUAUUGUCCCAUCUGUUGUGGCGAUUGGGUGCCCUGCAGCAGAGCAAGUCAGGCUGGGCUGGCUGGCUGGCUGGGCUUGGGUUUGCUGAUGGUAGGAGUGGUGGGAAGC